GAUAUUGCUCGCUCGCUCUUGUUGAAAGAUGGUUUCAAGUUCAAGGAAUCUAAGAAAUUUGAGAAUCGUUACUGAAUCUGAUUCUCAAGAGGGUUUUCAGCAUGGACACCCAUCGUCUCAGCAUGAGGAAGGGUCUCAACAUGAGGAAGGGUCUGCUAGCAUAGGUGAAAAUGGCAGAAAUCAGAAAACACGAGGAAAGACGAGAGUUUAAACCAUUUCACCGGCAACUACUGAAAAUCACCAAGGGUGCCACUAGUGCUCCGACUCCAUCAAUG